AUGGACAAGACGACAGGCCCCCGAAAAUGGUACCAGAUCCGCUGGUUCUCGCCAGAUGACACAAAGGAGGAACGCAAGCUCAUCACCAAACUCGAUCUCCUGAUUGUGCCCUAUGUCUUUCUGGCGUACUGGGUCAAGUAUAUCGACCAGGCAAAUAUCAACAAUGCAUAUGUCGCAGGCCUCAAGGAAGACUUGGGCUUCAAUGGAAACGAACUGGUCCAUGUCCAGACAAUCUAUGUCGUUGGUGCCGUUCUGGGCCAGGUUCCAUUCAUGUUCCUCUUCACUCGCAUACCCAUGCACUGGCUAGUCCCUCUACUGGAUAUCCUGUGGGGGGUUUUCACGUUGUUGCAAUAUCGGGUCAAUAGCUAUGCUGAGCUGAUGGCAUACCGGUUCUUGGUCGGCUGGUUUGAGGCCGCGUAUUUCCCCGCCGUCCAUUUCAUCUUUGGUUCGUGGUACCGCGGACAUGAGAUAGCUCGUCGAGGCGGCUUCUUCUAUGUUGGCCUGACUCUCGGAACCCUUACUGCGGCUCUCCUACAGUCUGCCGCUUCAGAGCAACUGGAAGGGGUUGCAGGACUGGCCGGCUGGCGAUGGAUGUACAUCAUCUGUGCUCUGAUAACCAUCCCCGUCGGCUUUUUGGGUUACUUCCUCCUCCCCGGCACGCCGGACAUUCCGAAUCGGCUGUUCAUCAAGGACCACGACCUCGCGGUCGCGAAGAAGCGGCUCGAGCGGACGGGCCACGCCACGUCCGGACACUUCACGCUGGGGACGUUGAAGAAGGCGGCCAUGUCGUGGCAGGUAUGGGCGUUCCUGCUGCUCGACAUCUUCUUCUGGAACGGCAGCAUCAACACGUCGUCGGGCGGCUACCUGCUGUGGCUCAAGAGCCUGAAGCGGUACUCGGCCGGGCGGCUCAACCAGCUGGGCGCCAUCUCGCCGGCCCUGGGCAUCUUCUACGUCCUCUUCGUCUGCUUCUCGUCGGAUCUCCUCUGGGGCCCCGCCUGGGCCAUCACCGUCGCCCACGUCUGGAACAGCGUCGGGCUCAUCAUCCUCGUGGUGUGGAACGUGCCCGAGUCGGCCCUGUGGUUCGCCUUCAUGACCACGUACUCGGCCGUCGCCAUGUCGAGCGUCCUCUACGGCUGGGUCAACACCCAGCUGCGCUACUCGCCGGCCGAGCGGGCGUUUACGCUCGUGCUGAUCAACACGGUCUCGCAGUCCACCACGGCGUGGACCCCGCUGCUGGUCUUCAAGACGGUCGACGCCCCAAGAUUCGUCAAGGGUUACCCCUUUGUGCUCGGCAACGCCAUCUGCCUGAUGUUGUUUGCACACUGGAUCUCGUGGUACAUCAAGAGACGGAGAACCCCCGCCGACGAGAUUGACGAGGAGUAUCCAUCCAACCAACACCAUCUAGGGUCCGAACACCAGGCGUCUCCUGUCGACGACUCACCUCGCCUCAUUCAAGAGCUCCCUCCCACAAAGAUCCUAGAGGCGUAA